GACGUACAGGUGAGUAUGUUGAUGACGUCACGCCGACAGCAAGCUGACGUCACUGCUGUCUCACCUGCGCAAGAAGCACCCGUCGGACCAGGUGUGCACUCUGUGCGGGUUCUCGUUCAUCGGAGAGAGAGGUCUGGCGCUGCACAUGCAGAAGAAACACCAGUUCGAUGACGUACAGUCGGAGCCGUCGGGCCCGCAGUGCGCGGAGUGCAACAUUCGCUUCGCGUCCGACACCGCGUACGAGCAGCACAUGAGGGUGUCUCCCAAACACGCGCCAGCCGACGACCUGGAGCGCAACGAGCCGCGCUGGCACAAGCCCAAGGGUCCGCCGCGACGGAAGGGCGAGCUUACCGUCACUUGCGAAGAGUGUGGUAUGAAACUGAAAGGGUUCAAGCACUACACGUAUCACUUCAAGCGACACCACAGAGACAAGAUACGUACGCAGUUCGCGAACGCCCACGAGCGCUGUCUGUGCGAGCUGUGUGGGCGCGUGCUCCAGCACACCAGUGCACUGAAGAGUCACAUGCUGGUCCACUCGGGCAAGAAGGAGAUACAGUGCACAAUCUGCGACAAGAGGUUCUACCACCAGCGGCAGCUGACCAUGCACAUGGAGAUACACAGCGAGCCGAAGCGCACCUUCGACUGCCCCGUGUGCGCCAGGAGCUUCACCAGCAAGUCCAACAAGAACAGGCAUCUGUGGACGCACACGCAAGUAUCAAGACCGUUCAAAUGUCACGCGUGCCCGAAAACCUUCGUGUAUCCAUCGGAGAGGAAGAUCCACAUCAACCACGCGCACGCCAACCAGCCUUACCCCAAGAAGAGCAAGAACAGAGUGAGGAACAGUCGGCCUCGACAUAUGAAGGAGGCUGUGUAUGGACAAAUUGGGCCUCAGAUGAGUGCUGACCCAUCGUACUCCAGUGAACAUAGUGCGUUGCUCAACGAGUGAUGUGACUUCAUGUAGAGUCAUAGUGUCAUAGUGAUGUGACUAGAGUCAUAGAGUCAUAGUGAUGUGACUCCAUGUAGAGACAGUGAAGUGUUUACAUGUGUCAGUUGCCUUGAAAGUGGUCAUCUUACUUAGAACUGUUCUUAAUGUUCAAGAGAGCAGACAACGAAUUCCUAAUUAUACUAGCACAAAAUAAAUUGAAUUUAUCUUUUAAGACAUAUAACCUGGUGAUGAUGAAUGAUAAGUCUUUGGUGGUGGUUCACCACUCUCCUACAAGACUCUUACUCCAAAGAGCAAGAACAGAGUGAGGAACAGUCGGCCUCGACGUAUGAAGGAGGCUGUGUACGGACAAAUUGGGCCUCAGAUGAGUGCUGACCCAUCGUACUCCAGUGAACAUAGUACGUUGCUCAACGAGUGAUGUGACUCCAUAUAUAGUGAUGGACAGUGAGGUGUAAAAAUGUGUCAAUUGCCAAUUGUGGUCAUCUUACUUACAACUGUUCAUAAGGUUUCGACAACAAAUGUUAGACCAGCACAAAAUAAAUUGAUCUUGGAAUUAUCUUAUAACACAUCCCUGUUAAAAUAGCAGCUGAUCCAUUGUACUCCAGUGAACAUAGUGGAUUACUCAAUGAGUGAUGUGACUUCAUAUACAGUCAUGGACAGUGAGUGUUUAAAUGUAUCAGUUGCCAUGAAAGUGGUCAUCUUACUUAGAACUGUUCUUAAGGUUUAAGAGAGCGGACAACGAAUCCCUAAUUAUACUAGCGCAAAAUAAAUUGAAUUUAUCUUUUAACUCAUUCCUAUUAAAAUACCAACCUGGAGUUGUAAGUCUUUGGUGGUGGUUCACCACUCUCCUAUAAGACUCUUACUCCAAAAAGCAAGAACAGAGUGAGGAACAGUCGGCCUCGACAUAUGAAGGAGGCUGUGGACAAAUUGGGCCUCAGAUGAGUGCUGACCCAUCGUACUCCAGUGAACAUAGUGCGUUGCUCAACGAGUGAUGUGACUCCAUAUAUAGUGAUGGACAGUGAGGUGUAAAAAUGUGUCAAUUGCCUUGAAAGUGGUCAUCUUACUUAUAACUGUUCAUAAGGUUCUCACAACAAAGGUUAGACCAGCACAAAAUAAAUUGAUCUUGGAAUUAUCUUAUAACACAUCCCUGUUAAAAUAGCAGCUGAUCCAUUGUACUCCAGUGAACAUAGUGGAUUACUCAACGAGUGAGGUGACUCCAUAUACAGUCGUGGACAGUGAGUGAGGUGUAAAAAUGUGUCAAUUGCCUUGAAAGUGGUCAUCUUACUUGUAACUGUUAUUAAGGUUCAAGAGUGCAGACAACGAAUCCCUAAUUAUUACUAAAUAAAUUGAAUUUAUCUUUUAACUCAUUCCUAUUAAAAUACCAGCCUGGAGUUGUAAGUCUUAGAUGGUGGUUCACCACUCUUUUCACUACUUUAAAUGUAUCAGUUGCCAUGAAAGUGGUCAUCUUACUUAAAACUGUUCAAAAGGUUCCGACAUAAUAAAUUGAUCUUGGAUUUAUCUUUUAACACAUCCCUGUUAAAAUAGCAGCAGACCCAUCAUACUCCAGUGAACAGUGAAGUCAUGUGACUCCAUGCGGAGUCAAGUGACUACGUGAAGAGUCAUUUGAUACAGAGACAGUGAGGUGUUUCAGUGUGUCAAUUGUCUGAACAAUAGUCGGCUUCUAACUUAACAUUUAACUUGUACAUAAGGUUCUGGCAACGGAAAAGACCAGCACAAAAUGCAUUUUAGGUUAAUCUUUUAGGAAUUCCCAUGAAAAUUACAGCAUGGAGUUGAUCUCUGAUGUCGAUGGUAAUGGUAUAUUCGUUUUCUGUAAGAACUCCAAGAGGAGAACUGAUUCAAUUGACUCAACAUGUUCAGCUUCUUUUUUUUUAUUCUUUACAAGUUAGCCCUUGACUACAAUCUCACCUGAUGGUAAGUGAUGAUGCAUUCUAAGAUGGAAGCGGGCUAACUUGAUAGGAGGAGGAUGAAAAUCCACACCCCUUUUUGGUUUCUACACGACAUCGUACCGGAACGCUAAAUCGCUUGGCGGUACGUCUUUGUCGGUCUUUAUAACUGUUUAGACAACAAGACCCUGGUCAGACCAGCACAAAAUUAUAUAAUGUUGAAUUAAUUUUUCAAGCUAUCCAAAUAGGAGCAUGGAAUGAAGAAAUAAAUCAUCAUGACAGUACAAACAUAUAUUAGAAUUUUAAACUAUCGUGAUUGUUAAUUAUAUUAAUUGAUUAUGAAACACGCUAAAACUCACGUGAUAGAGCGUCGGAGUAUGCUCGACUAGUUUCGAUCCCAUACGGGGCCCUUAGUCAUAAGUUUGUUCUAGCAACGCGGCACGAUUCAAACUGCGAAAUGUUUAACUUCAGUUCGUGUAACACUAUGUAAUAAUUACGAAUUAUUCAUCUGAUUCAAUCUGAAUUAAUUAAUGUACUUAAUAUUAUAUUUUUUAAAGGAAUAUUUGUGAUACAUUUUUUACUUUAGUUAAUGUAAAUAUGAAUUAAUAUUUAUGCAGUUAAAUCUAACGAAAUUGUGUUUAUUAAAAAAUGUGCAAAUAAUUUUAAAUAAAUAGUAUAAUUAUUAGCAAAA